AUGUCGAACUAUUUUGGUGAUAGCCCUCAGGGUAACACAUAUAGUUCCAGCUCUAUACCCCCGAAGGACUCCGCCAAAGAAGAAGACGUGAUUGACAAGUUUUUGAACCUCACAUCAUACACUCCAGUGCAAGAGGAAGCUCCGGACUUCUUCAUGAAUGCUUCAUCUCUGACUUCAAUAAGCCACCAACCAUCGUCCAGCUCGUUCGAUAAUUUGCAACCUUCAUCCGACGACAAGGGAAACGCUUUUUUUGAUGAUGUUUCCGCAAUUACUAUGAGCGGUGCUCAUUAUAGUUCGAAUAAUGCCACCAACAACUCAUUUAAUGUGUUGGGCUCUACGCAGGAUUUUGUAAACAUGCCAUCGGUAGAUACACCUCCAGAACAAUCCUAUAUCCAUUUUGAUGACUCGUUGCCAAAUUCUAACCCGUCAAAAGUCGAUACCUCUGCUCCUUUGAUCCAGAUUGACAAAGCAUUUUCCGAUUAUCUGACUCAGCAAUCAGAAACAGCGAAUUUCCCUAACUUAGAUGCACGAACUUUAAACACUGGAUUCCCAGGAACCAAUAUCCUACCACAGGGAGUGUCUCAUUUUAGUGCUGACCCUAAUCUCCUUUUGCAACCACAAGUUGGGAGACAAUAUAGGCGUCCAGAAUCCUCCACAGGUUCUGAACUGUCUGCCUCUAACUCGCCCUAUCUAUCAGCAGUUGAAUCUAUUGCUGGGGACGAUUAUGUUGAGCCGCAAGAUGACUUUGAAAGCCAAUUGGUUUCUGAUAAUAUCCGUCAGCUGUCAUUGUCGGCAAUGAACGCACCAAAUAUUAACCUUACAGAGCAGAAUCUCAAAGAGCAGGAACGCAUAUCGGCAGCUCCACCGAUAGUCAUUGAAAACCCAGAGAAAGUUGCUGAUAGCACUCCAUCGCUGUUUUCUGCGUCAUCCUCCAAGGCUUCCUCUCCCAAUAGAUCGAGGUCAGCUAGCGCAGGCAAUACUCCUGCCAUCAAAGUUGAAGACUCUUCCUCUACUCCUGCAAUUUCAAUCAAUGUGGAGGAUGCUGCUCGUUCACAUGCUAUUGAUAGCUCAAGCUAUAGCACUCCAGAUAACGAAAGACUGUACAAUACUAACUACUUACAAGUGGACGAUGCUUACCUUACGCCCGAUGAUAGAACGCAUAACUCAAUGAGAAUGGGACGGCAACGACGCCAUUCGGAAUCUAGUUCGCGCUCCAGAUCUACUUCGAGGUCCAGAUAUUCAGAUGAUUCAGACUACGACAGUGAUGCUUCACUUUCACGUGAAAAACUCUCUGAGCUUGCCGCCCCUCCUUCGCCUAAUAGAAAAUCGCAGAAAAAUCCAGCUUCAUUUGCUUGCCCUGUAUGUGAUAAAAAGUUCACGCGACCGUAUAAUCUCAAGUCUCAUCUUCGCACACAUACCAACGAGCGACCGUUCCUUUGUACCGUAUGUGGUAAGGCAUUCGCGCGACAACACGAUCGGAAACGACAUGAAGAAUUGCACUCUGGAGAAAAGAAGUAUCAAUGUCGUGGGACUUUGGCAGAUGGAUUUACCAUAUGGGGAUGUGGUAAACGCUUUGCGAGGACUGAUGCUUUGAGACGCCAUUUUCAAACGGAAAGUGGUAAAAAUUGCAUACGGCCUUUGAUGCAAGAAAUUGAAAAUGAGAAGAAGGAGGAGAGACCGCUCACCAGCAGCGUUAAAAAGGUCACCGACUCAAAAAUUCCCAUGGAAGUUUUGGACGUUUCUGACUACAACAGUUUGCUGGAUCAGAUUUUGACCGUGCAAAGCAAGGCCAGCACGAGUUGA